CCCAGAUCGGAUCUAACCGGAUUCUCCGCGGAUCUGCAGGUCGGAGCCAGCCGGGUUGCCUCUUUGUUCCCCAGGCGACAGCAUGAGCUCCCCAGCCGUGACCCCAGAACUGGACAUGAAAGACGUGGAGCUGAACGAGAUGGACCCCGAAAAGCAGCCCAUGAACGCCUCCUCGCCCCUGGCCGGCUCGCCGGGCAGCCUGGGCGAGAAGAACGGCGUGGUGAAGGUGAAGAUGGAGGAGGAGGAAGAGGAGGCCGAGAUGGCGGCCAAAUUCACCGGCUUGUCUAAGGAGCAGCUGCUCCAGGUAGCCGGCACCCCCGGCUGGGUACGCACCCGCUGGGCCCUCCUGAUCCUCUUCUGGGUGGGCUGGCUGGGCAUGCUGGCGGGGGCCAUCGCCAUCAUCGUCCAGGCUCCCCGCUGCAAGGAUCUCCCCAAGCAGGACUGGUGGCAGAAAGGAGGCAUCUACCGGAUCCUGGAGGUGGAAGGCUUCCAAGAUUCGGGCAGCGAUGGCAUAGGUGACCUGACAGGGGUGAAGGAGAGGAUGAAUUAUUUAAGCACCCUGAAGGUCAAAGGUUUUGUGAUCGGGCCUCUCCAUGUCAAUCCGGAGGAUCAGCCGUACAGCACCAACUUGCAAGACGUUGACCAAAAAUUGGGCACUUUGCAAGAUUUCCGGGACGUUUUACAAGCUGCCAAGAAAAAAAAUAUAAAGGUUAUCUUAGAUCUGACCCCUAACUAUCAUGGCCAGUUACCCUGGUUUAGCCGAGAUGUAUGGCUUCAGGGGGAUUUCCAGAAUAAAAUGAAAGAAGCAAUCCAGUUUUGGCUGAGGGAAGGAGUGUCUGGAAUCCAGAUCGGAAGCGUCGAGCAUUUGAAUGAUUCUCAACUCUUGAGCGAGUGGAAGAACAUAACGGAACAAGACACUGUUGACGAUCAGGCCAGGGUACUGAUCGCCAUGACCAGUCGUAACGAUGCUCGGGGGAUUUUCUCACUUAUGAACGAAACCACAGGGGUGGACAUGCUAACCAGCCAGUAUCUUCAGGAACUGGUGAAACCUGACCAGAAUGACACCACCACGCUGGGACACACAGCCCAGAAACUGAUCAAAGACUAUCUCCAAGAAGCAGGAAGCCGGUGGCCCAGCUGGAGCAUGGGUAGACCGUAUCUUGGACAUUUGGCCAAAUCCAUGGGGGAGCAGCUGCUUCGCCUCCACCAUCUACUCUUCUACACUCUUCCCGGGACGCCCUUCACAGAUUUCGGAGAUGAAAUUGGCCUAUGGGACAUGCCGGGAGAGCCUGCAGCAUCCAACAUCACACAUAUGCAGUGGGACAACUCGGCAACUUACGGAUUCUCCAGAGGGGCACAGCAGCUGGCUGAACCUGAGGCCAGCAAUAUCACCGUGCAGGCACAGCAGGGCCACAAGGGGUCCAUCCUGACCUUCUUCCAAGAGCUGAGUGAGCUUCGAACCAAGGAACGCUCCCUUCUGCAUGGCGACUUCGCCUUAGUGCAAAGCUUGAAUCCGUCCGUCUUCUCCUACCUUCGGGUCUGGGACCAGAACAAGCGGUUCUUGGUGGUGCUCAACUUCGCCCGCCAGGAGAGAACCGUCUCCCUCGUUCACUCUCACCUUCCGUCCCAAGUCGACGUGGAGCUCAGCACCCAUCCCAGCCGGGAGGAGAGGCAGCUGAAUUUGCAGAACCUCAAGCUCCUUCCUUCGGAAGGGCUUCUCCUCAGCUUCCCCUACGUGGCCCUCUAGUCGGUCUUCUCCUGAGGCCGCCUGGCCCAUUUUCAGCAGGAGGUGCCUCCCAAAGAAGACACUCCAGCCAAGGAUAUCUUUCCUGAACUUACUAACGUCCUUCUUCUCUAUCUACCUGUCUUUGCUAACCCCAUAGCUCAGCCUUUCCAGGCCCCAGACUCCAGAUCCUCACAGCCAGCUGGCCGGGAGAAAGUCUGUGUGGUUCCUAAACACCUUAAGAGGCUGAAGUUGGCCGAGGUCACCUCUGUUUCCAUGAACAUUCCUGGAACUGCCGAUUAUUUCCCCCUGAUAUAUAUAUAUAUAUAUAUUUUGGAUAUUGGCAGGUCAUCUCUGUGACAAAGGUAGAUGUGAACCUCCAUUCUCUCUAGCUGGAAGGGAUGGUUCAACGAAAGGAUGGGCUAAAUUAUAGCAGUGUUUCUCCAUCUUGGCAACUUGAAAAUGGAUGAAAUUCCAACUCCCAGAAUUCCCCAGCCAGACGUUGCCAUGGUUGAAAUACUCUUAAGCCCAGAGUGAAACCUUCGUGUCAGUCUGGUACUAACACACACACACACACAAACACGCUUUGGGCAAAGAGGACCAUGGAUUCAUUUUCCUGGAUUGCUUUGCCUAUCCCAUUUUGAGUUGUAGUUCUGCAGUUUUCAGUUCUACAAUCUUUUCCUGAUCAUUAGUAUGAUUUUUUUUUCCUGUCGGUGUCUGGCUCCCUUGAAGAUAUUCUAUCAGCUUAACAAAGUGUGCAAGCUUCCUAUGUUUUGCGGUGGAACAAGUUUUAAUAAAUGUCUCUCUUCACUUUCAGA